AGCCCGGCCCCACCGCCGGAACAAAAGGGGCGGCCGAAGGUGGCGGCGUGGCCGCUCCCGCUGCUCCCAGCGCUCCGCCACCAUGUCCGCCAGCGGCGGCAGCUCCCCCGGCAAUGCCGUGAAGAAGCGGAGCCCCGCCGGCUCGGCCGCCUCGCUGGCGCAGGAGGAGGAGAAGCAGGCGACGGAGAAGAUGCUGGAAGGGGCGCAGGAAAACGGCUGCGCCCGCUCGCCAUCGCCCUGCGGCUCGGCGGAGGGGGUGACCCUGAAGCGGAACAUCACCCUGCUGAACGGCGUGGCCAUCAUCGUGGGCACCAUCAUCGGCUCCGGCAUCUUCGUCACCCCCACGGGCGUGCUGCGGGAGGCCGGCUCGCCGGGGCUGUCGCUCGUGGUCUGGGCCGUGUGCGGCGCCUUCUCCAUCGUGGGCGCGCUGUGCUACGCCGAGCUCGGCACCACCAUCACCAAGUCCGGCGGGGACUACGCCUACAUGCUGGAGGUGUACGGCUCCCUGCCCGCCUUCCUCAAGCUCUGGAUAGAGCUGCUCAUCAUCCGGCCCUCCUCGCAGUACAUCGUGGCUCUGGUGUUCGCCACCUACCUGCUCAAGCCCAUCUUCCCCACCUGCCCCGUGCCCGACGAGGCUGCCAAGCUGGUGGCCUGUCUGUGUGUCCUGCUGCUGACAGCUGUGAACUGCUACAGUGUCAAAGCUGCCACCCGUGUGCAGGACGCCUUUGCUGCGGCCAAGCUGCUGGCGCUGGCUCUCAUCAUCAUCCUGGGCUUCGUGCAGCUGGCCAAGGGUGAUGUGGAAAACCUGACCCCUGAGAAAUCCUUCGAGGGCACCAAGGUGGGCGUUGGGAACAUCGUGCUGGCUCUGUACAGCGGCCUCUUUGCCUAUGGAGGAUGGAAUUACUUGAAUUUUGUGACAGAAGAGAUGAUAAAUCCCUACAGAAACCUACCCCUGGCUAUCAUCAUCUCCCUGCCUGUUGUCACGCUGGUGUAUGUGCUGACCAACUUGGCUUACUUCACCACGCUGAGCACCGAGCAGAUGCUGACGUCCGAGGCUGUGGCCGUGGAUUUUGGGAACUACCACCUCGGUGUCAUGUCCUGGAUCAUCCCUGUCUUUGUUGGGCUCUCGUGCUUUGGGUCUGUCAAUGGAUCUCUUUUCACUUCUUCCCGGCUGUUCUUCGUGGGAUCCCGAGAGGGGCACCUGCCUUCCAUCCUGUCCAUGAUCCACCCCCGGCUGCUCACCCCCGUCCCGUCCCUCGUGUUCACGUGUGUCAUGACCCUGCUCUAUGCCUUCUCCAACAACAUCUUCUCAGUCAUCAACUUCUUCAGCUUCUUCAACUGGCUGUGUGUGGCCCUGGCCAUCAUCGGGAUGAUGUGGCUGCGCUACAAGAAGCCAGAGCUGGAGAGGCCCAUCAAGGUGAACAUCUGCCUGCCCAUCUUCUUCAUCCUGGCCUGCCUGUUCCUCAUCGCCGUUUCCUUCUGGAUGACGCCCAAGGAGUGCGGGAUCGGCUUUGCCAUCAUCCUCAGUGGGAUCCCCAUUUACUUCUUCGGGGUCUGGUGGCAAAACAAGCCCAAGUGGGUUCUCCAAGGCAUCUUCUCCACCACCGUGCUGUGCCAGAAGCUGAUGGAAGUGGUUCCUCAGGAAUCCUAGGCAGGAAAAGCAGGGACUCUGAGCUCGAGGAAACGCACAACGUUAUUCUGAGAUGACACAAGGAUCCGACCCCUCACUCCCCAGUCCCAGGCACUGGAGCUGCCUCCUGCUGCCACCACUGCCCCAAGGCUCUGCUCACCUCCUGCAGCCCCUCCAGCCCCUCCCAGCCCUGCAGAGCAGCCAGAAGAAGUCCUUGGUACGAGCCAGGAGGAGGAAUUCCAAAGGGCAGUUCCAGAGGGGUGCUGCCUGUGCUCCCUGUGUGUGUGUGAGGGCUGUGCUUGGUUCUGGGGGCUCCUUUGCUUUGGCUCUGGGAUCUGCUGGAGCCUGUUUGAGUGUUCAGAGUGCCUGGUGGGGGCUGGGGCUGCCACAGAGCCCUGGGGGGGUCCUGAGCUGCCUUACCUGGCCCAGGUGGGGGGUGGGAAGCAGGGGAUGGUUGAUGUUGUCUCACUCCCCCAAACUCACACCCCCAUGUGCUGCUGGACACUGGACGUGGGGGGGCCUCAUCUGAGUGUCGCUGUGCCCCUCACUUGGGGCCCUGCCACCCUUUGGAUUUGGAUCUCCACUCUCAGAUCCAAGCCAGCGCCCUGCUGCUGAGCCAGUCCUCCAGGAUGCUCUUCCCCACAGUGCCCAUCCCUGGGAAUGAGCACUGAGGGGGGGAGGUCCUGCUGAGAAACCCAGGAGCUGCAGUCAGCAGAAGGCCAAGUCCUUGGCUUGCUCAUUCCAUGCUUUUCUGUGCCAGGCUUUCAUCCAGCAUGGGAUGAGCAGCUCUGUGCUCUCUCUCCUCAUGGCCCUGCUCAGGGAGCCAUGUUUACCCCUAAAGCACGUGCUGAGAGAAAUAAAGGGUGGGGAUUGCCCUGGCACAUUCCCUGGGCAGUCUCUCCGUGCUCUGCCUGGCACUGUUCCCUUUGUCCUGCUGUGUUUCCUCUGGAAUGUGCCACGGAGAUGGGACCAACUGGCUCUGGGCUGUGGAGAAGGGCAGAUGUCCUGGCUGGCUGGAGCCACCUCGGGCUGCUGGAGAUCAUGGAAUGGUUUGGGUGGGAAGGGACCUUACAGCCCAUCCAGUGCCACCCUUGCCAUGGCAGGGACACCUUCCACUAUCCCAGGCUGCUCCAAGCCCUGUCCAGCCUGGCCCUGGGCACUGCCAGGGAUCCAGGGGCAGCCACAGCUGCUCUGUGCCAGGGCCUCCCCACCUGUGAGUAAUGAAAGUGAGUUCUGCUCCAAGGAGCAGAGCCUGGGCCUGAUCCUCCUCCAUGCAUCGGGUCUGGCUUGGUGAGAUCCCAGCACCACCCUCCCGUUCCAGGAGUGAUCCCUGAGCACCAUCCACGAUCUGCAUGUGAAAUCCUGGUUUGCUGUCGUGGGUGGUGCCAUCCCAUGCCUGAGCAGCCCCAGAAUUCCUGUAGUUCCCAAGUAGGUCAGCACUGUCCCCUUAGGGACACGCUGCUUUCUUUGGUCCAAGUGUCACCUUUUGGAAAGCUGCAGUUCCUGAACCAUUUGCUCAUUGUGCCUCUGUGCUCCGACAUCACCUGCAAUUCUGAUCUUUUCCCCACUGGAGCUGCUUUGCUGUCUCUGUUGCAGAUCUUUGUGCUUGUGCUUUGUGCAGGUGGCUUGGUGAACUAUUUCCCAUUUUUUGUAAACUUGGCCGUUGGGAAGCCGGGCUGCUCCAGGAGCUGUGGCUUCCCGCUGGAUUCUCCAUGUAGCAGAGUUCUUUGGGGUGAAGGGGCGUGAGGGACACCGUGGUUCUCACUCAGGCUUUGUCCUGGGAAGUUCUGCAGCUUGUGCUGGGGCAGGGGCAGCUCCUGCCCAGCUGUGUGGCCGUGUCCAGGUGCAGCUCCACACUCCCACUUUGCCAGCCCCAUGUCCUGCUCCGAGGCAGGAGCAGGGGAGACAAUCAGCUCUUUAUUCCAUGGCAGCUGGGGUGGAGAUUCCCAAAUCAGCUCAGUGACAGUGUGGAGAUUCCCAAUCCAGCUCAGGUGACAGUGUGGAGAUUCCCAGUGACAGUGUGGAGAUUCCCAAAUCAGCUCAGUGACAGUGUGGACAUUCCCAAUCCAGCUCAGGUGACAGUGUGGAGAUUCCCAAUCCAGCUCUCUGGGAGCUGAGUUAAUCCAGGAGGAUUUGCACCUGCUUUGGGAAUAUCCAGAGGGCAGACCCCAAGGUUUUUGGCCAGUGCAAUGAGUUGGAGCAUCUCGGAUCCAAUGCCCAUGGAGAGGCUUUGGCAUAAAUAAGGUCAUGAGUCACAAAACCUGAAUUUGAGUUUUGGCUUCUUCCAGCUGAAGGCUGAGAUGGUUUUGAGCAGUGAUGGGAAGUCAGAGCUCCUGCUAGACCUGCUCCAUGGAGAGGGGACCUCAGUCUGUCACCUGCCACUCAAGCUGCAGGUUUUUUUGGCUGUGAGGUCUCAGGGCAGCUCCUGCAGGGUCUGGGUUCAACGUGGGGGCUCUCAGUGCCAAAAGCCACCAGCAGAAUUCCUUGGGAUGCAAAGCAAAGGCAUUGGAAUCUCAGCCACCUCAACCCAAAGUCAGUUGGCACCAAGGGCCCUCCACAGAGAGCUCAGGAGUGGGGCCAGACCUCCCAAAGGUUGGCUUGGACACAUUGUCCAUCACAGUGUGCUCCUGGUGACCCUUUCACACUGUUUAAAGAGAAGCUGUCACACUAAAAAAUAUUUUUUAAGCAAUCAAUUGAUUUUAAUUAAAUCCUUAACUGGCUUGCUUUGCUUUUUGUGUAUUUCCAUGAUUUCUCACUUGCUGCUGAAGAUUUUUUCUUGUACUAACCUGAGGCUCUGGCACUGAUCCCACCUUCGUGGGCAUCUCAUCAGCAUCUCCUUGGCAAUAGAGGUUUAGGAAGAAACUGAACCAGGUACCAGCACAGAGCCACAAAAAGGCUGAAUUUGGUCAGCCACAGCUCACAUCUCAAAGCUGAUCUGCAAAAAGCUGAUUUUUUUAACCCUGGAGUCAUUGAUCCCCCAUAGCUGCCCUCCACCAGAACGUGGUGAUGCAGCUGGAAGAGCUUGGGUUGGUUUUGCCUGGAGGUUUGGGAGAUAAUGAGGGAAGGGGUAAAACCGAAUUUCAUUUUAGACAGAAAAGACAAAAAGUAGUUUCUGCAAUCAUGGAAAUGGCUGCCACAGCUUCUGCUGUCCAGCGUGGCAGCUUUUCCCUUGGAUCAGCAACAUCUGCCCCCAGCUUGUGCUGUUCUGAUGGGUUUGGGUAUGGAAAAGGGAGAAUUCACCCCUGGGAAAGGCCUUGCUGCUUGUUUUCCUCAAACAUGGAGUGAGAUGUGUCAGGGAGGGCAGGGGGAGCGACAGAGAGUUCCCAGAGUUUCCCAUCCUUCCCAGCACUGGAGAUGGGAUUUUUUCCUGUUGUUUUUCUGUCGUGCUCUUCGGAGCCUGUGGUCAGGCAGGGAGGGAGAUGGACCCUCCCCACAAGGACCCUGCAACCACAGUGACCUCAGGAGGUUCCAUUGACAGCUCCCUGCAAGUCCAGCUGGAGCUGUUCUGUCCAUGGAAUUCAGGUUGGGAAAGACCUUGAAGGUGACAGAGCCCAACAGCGGCGCCGUGGCUGUGCCGUGAUCCCGUGCUCCUUGAACUGACCCCAGCUUCCAAUUCUUGCUCCUCUCUGGCUGUUUUUGAGUUCAGGCUCCCAGGCUGGCAGUUGUUUGGGGUGUUCACAGAAUUGCAUCCUGCAGGGAUUGCUAAACAGCAGGAGCUGCUGGCCAGGCACUUCCCUACCCGUUGGGUUCCUCUUUUCUAAAUGAACCCUUCCUCCAGCUGGGAGGGGAACCAGCCCUGCUCAGCCCUGCAAAAACCAGGGGUAAUUUAUGUCAUCCUGGUGGAUUUUUAAUGAUUUUUUUUAAACUUCCUGCAGAAUUUGCAGUGUUUUCCAUCUCAGAUUCCAUGUUCUGGUAAACAGGCUUUUGUUUGGAACGGCCCCCUUGGUGGCCACAGAGUUCAAAGGGACUCUGGCACAGUUGAACAAACUUUAAAGGCCCUUCAGCUGGAUUGAAACUCCUGGGAAGUGGCUUUGUUCUUGUCCAAGUCCUCUCCCAGUGGGUGGCUCAGGCAAGGGAAUAAAUUGGGCUCCUCCAGGGGCUGCUCCGUGGUGGGUCUGGGGAGGGGCAGUGGGGCUGUUCCCUGGAGCUGUGAUUCCCAACCCUGCAGAGAUACUCCCAGUGGCAGAGUCCUGGUCUGGCUGCAGGGAAUCCCAGGGAAUGUUUCACUCUGGGAAGGUACCUGUGCCUUCAGCCGAGGCCACGGCGCUCUCGGGCUUUACUAGAAAAUCAGAUUACAAAACAAAUCCAUCAAGAAACUGCCAAACGUUGUCCUUACACAACGCCCCCGCUGCCUGGGGCUGUUCCCUUGGGAUGCCAGCUCUUCCUCCAUCCACUCUGCAACCUCAUGACAAGAAAUUGGGAAAGGGCUGGAACAAAGCAGCUCCUGGAGCUUGGCAAAGGGCAGCCCCAGGGCAGGGUGGCUCCGGGCUGGUGCCGAGCUCUGGCUGUGAUUGAAUCCCAGCCUUGUACCAGCCCUGGGAGCAUCCCCAGCUCUGGCAUGAGCCAGAGCCAGCCACGCCUGGCUGCCAAGCAGGGAGAUCCUGCAGGGGUGGGAAUCUGCUCCUCCAUCCAUCCCUGCUGGGGUGGGAAUCUACUCCUUUAUCUCUGCAGGGAUGGGAAUCUGGGAAUCUGCUCUUCCAUCACUGCAGGGAUGGGAAUCUCCUAUUUCAUCCAUUCCUGCAGGGGUGGAAAUCUGCUCCUUCAUCCCUGCAGGGGUGGAAAUCUGCUCCUUCAUCCCUGCAGGAGUGGGAAUCUGCUCUUUUAUCUCUGCAGGGAUGGGAAUCUGCUCCUUUAUCUCUGCAAGGAUGGGAAUCUGCUCCCUCAUCCCUGCCAGGACAUCUUGGAGACCUCAGUGCUGAGGGAAUCUCCAGGGGCUCCUCAUCCCAGGUGACUCCUUGAGGAGUUACACCCAUGGUUGUGCUGGCUUUGCCUGGGCUCAAGUUCUUCCCAGUUGGAACUGGAAUUGGGUUGGGAAUGUGUGGGGGAUGCUGCUGGUGCAACCAAGAGCUCCCAGUUUGGUGAUGCAGUGGUAGGAAACGUGGCUUGGGGUCGGUGAUCCCAAGGAUCCCAAAUCCAGAGAAUUAUUCCUUGCCUGAGAAGGGGCGUUGCUUCCUCCAGCUGUAGAAGUGUUAAUGAGUAAAAAUAAAAAGUAUUUUUUUAAACACUGAAUUAAUUUCUAAACUGCCUAAAAGAGACUUUAUAGCUACACCUGAGUUCUUCCCCAGGGCUGACGUUCAGCCCAGCACAGGAGCUCUCCCUCAUCCCAGGUGAGGCUGUGCUGGGAUCCACGGCAGGCACAGGGAAAACUCCUGAUUUGUUCAGAGGACAGGGGAGGUCUGUGUCCCACCAAAAUCCUUGGAGAGGGAGGAUCUUGAGUGGUUCCCAGACCUCGCUCCCACCCUCAGAACAAAGUGAGGGUGACCUUCACUCCUGGUGGAGAAUCUCACUUGUCAGAGACACUUUGUUUUGUAUUUUUGUUGGUUUUUUUUUUUUUUAAACACAGAAAAAAUAAGGCUCUUAACACACACAAGGAAACCUGAACCUGAUUUACGAUUUUGUUAUAUUUGGUUGCUUUAAAAAAACCUGUUUUACUAAUUUAAAUAUUGCUGUAGAUGACACUAUAUUUAUUUGAAAGGGGUAAAUAUCUUUUAGUCUUAAUUCUUCUCCAAUAAGCGCUGUGUAUUCCCAAUGUUUGUGUUCCUGGCAGCACAGCAAUCCCCUGACUGAGGGCUGGGCAGCCAGCAGCUCCUGAAUCCAAUGGCCUUGGACAACAAGAUGUCUCUUGCAAUGUAAUUUUUUUUUUUUUUUGGUAGUAUUUCUUGAUUCUUUUAUGUCUGUGGUUUAACAAAUCUGUUCAAUGUUUGGGUUGUUCUAUGUUUUGGGUUGUUUUGUUUUGUUUUUUUAACAAAGAAAGCUGAAUUACAA